GCCUACUGCAGUAGUGCACCUUCUCUACUAGAAUAAUUCGCAGACGCCGGGGGUGUGGUCUCUGACAUCACCACGCGCUGUACUAGAGUAUUGGGAGCAGGUCUGGCUCGAGGUGUGGACCAGCCACGCAUUUUCAUACCGGGCUAUAUGGACGUCUGCUUUUAUAUUCGUCUGUCUUUUAUACCGUGUGCAUUUUAACAAGCAAGUCGCAUAAAUUGGAUAACGGUGCACGGAUAGAAGGCAAGAGCGCAACGGCACUGAAAGUUUCCAGGUAGGGCUGGCUGGCUGCAGUGGGACCUGUGUUUAAGGCAUUCUGCUGGAGUAGAGAGAGCGAGUGCUGGACUGGAUGCCCUGCCUGUCUGCUCUGCAGUGGAUGAAUAUUAUCCAGGUGUGGGAGGGAGCUAGGGUGGCCUGUCCUGAGUUCACUGUGCUGCAACACCUGACUGACAGAACAGAGGGGACACUGGGUAGGAGGAUCCCACAUCUAUCUGUGGAACACUGCCAACUCUGCAGAACCUCAGAAUCUCGGAGUCUAGGGACACACCCCAUCAACCGCAUCAAGGGCUCUAGGUCACCCUGUCUUGAAACAGUGCUACUCAGUGCUACCCUCCUCUGCCCCCCCCCCCCCCCCCCCCCCAGUCUGUCUCUGUCCCUCCUCCAUGCCCACCUCAGACCUCCUCAGGCCCUGGACACACCAGACGGGGGAGUUGAGACUGACUGACUGAUAUACAGACUCAAGGGCUCCUAGACUUUUGGGUGAACACUAAAGUACUAGUCCUCGCUAAGGCAUUGGAUUUAAGUUUGCAAAGUAAAACAGAGGACUUGAAUCAGUGACGCAGUAGACCUCAGUUGAAGCCUGAGGGACUAUCGAUGAGCCUGUGACUGUCGCCAUGACAGCCAAUGACAGCAGCUUCCAGUACCUCGCACUCUUCGAGUACAAACGGGAGCAUGGUGAUGACAUCAGCCUCCAGCCAGGGGACAUCCUGACGGUCCUGAAGGCCUCUCUGAAGGACUACCAGGAAGGGGAUGAACACCACAGCCCCAAGGGAUGGCUGCACGGCACCAACGAGCGGACCAAAGAGAAGGGCGACUUCCCCGGGACGUUUGUGGAGUAUACUGGGGUGUUGAGGCAGGGGCUGCCCGCCGCCAAGCCCUGGCCCAGACCCGUUCCCCCAACGCCUGGGGGAACACAGAGCAGCGUGGGGCCCGGACCCCAGCCUACAGGGGCCGCUGCAGCAGGAGUUGGGGGGCCAAGGGAAGCCCCAGAGGUGUGUGCUCUGCCUGACCAGGUUCCUGUGGCACUACACAGGCUGAUAGAAGCUCUGGAGAAACAAGGGUUGGAGAGUGAGCCUCUGUACCGGACCACCCCAGCCUCCACCGGACCCCCAGAACUGAGACAGGUUCUAGACACAGACCCAGCGUCAGUGGAUGUGGACGAGUAUGAUCUGGUGGUGUUGUCUGAUAGUCUGAGGGGUUUCCUUCAGGACCUGCCCUCCCCCAUCAUCCCAGCCGUGGUCUACAGUGAACUGAUCUACACCGCCCAAGAGACUCAGAGCGUGGAGGAGUGUGGCGAGAAGCUGAAGAAGAUCCUAGAGUCCCCCAGUGUCCCCCAGGCCAACCACCAGCUCCUGGUGCACCUCACCAGACACUUGGUCAGGGUGGCCCAGAGUGGGGCUCAGAACCAGGCCAGCCCCAGGCUUCUAGGACAGACCUUCAGUGAGGCCAUCUUCAAACACUCCCACUUCUGUGCGGACGUAAACCCAGAACACCACGUGAAGAUCAUUGAGGCCCUGAUUGCAGCCGGGGGACUGGUGGAGAUACAGGCAGCCCCAGGUAGGACACUCCCCCUUUGGAUCCGACCUGCAGCCCGCCCCCCCCCCCCCCCUUCUCUCUGUGCCAACAUGGUGGAGGGUCAUGGACUUAUACAAAUUAGCCCUGAGGUGGGCGACAGGACAGGCCCUGGUUUCAAAGAGGCCCACCUGGGCUCCUCCACCCUAGCCCAGUGUGACGACUGCCUUGGGGCAGGGGGUAGAGGGGGGCCACGGCGCCUCUGUCUGUCUGUCCACAUCACAGACCAAUCAAUAAACGAGCUGGGACCCUCACACCCACCGGAGCCUGCUUUAAAGACUGACCCCACCCGACUCCCCGUGUCAAGCCCCGUGUCCAGCCCCGUGUCUAGCCCCGUGUCUAGCCCCGUGUCCAGCCCAGUGUCGAGCCGCGUGUCCAGCCCCGUGUCCAGCCCAGACAUCAAUCCUCCAGACCUGAGGAUGGUGCUGGCUGCUUUCCAGUGA